UCUUCUUUUAUAUAAACCUAAAAGUGAGCAUUGUGGGUUGGUUUCACGAUCGGUUGGCACAAAAGGUCCACAAUUUACGAUAAGCAAUUAUGGUUGAAGGUGAUUAAAAUUAUAUGUUUUUCGCCCCAUCUUUAACAAUAAUUAUUCGUAGGCGCUUGAACAAUUUGCAGGCGGGUUAAUAAUGGCAGAAGAAGACUGCAGAAUCAUCCCUGUCGUGGAUAUCGCAACAAUUGGGAAAACCGCUGACGCUGGAAUUCCAGCGGUUGAUUUGCAGCGCAUUGGUCGGCAGCUGACACAUGCUUGCGCCAACAUCGGCUUCGUGUACAUCACCGGCCACGGGAUACCAGAAAGUCUGACCGAGAAAGCGUUCAGCAGCACUGGCAAGUUCUUCGAACUGCCCCUGGCAGUGAAGGAAAAGUACAAUAGACUGGACGGUCAAGGAUACGUUGCCAUAGACCAGGAAAGGCUGGGAGGCGACUUCAAGAAACACGAGUUGCGCGAGAGUUUCGAUGUGGAAUUUUGCUUUAAUCGCUACCCUGACGAAGAGAUCCCCGACUUCGGCGCCUCCGUCGUCCACGUCAUGACGGCGCUGGACGAACUCAGCGACAAACUCAUCCNAAAUAAUACCACAGCAAAAAAGAUACCUUGUUACAGAGUGGAAAACAACUUCCUGGUUAAAGCUCACUCGAGAAAGAGGGAGCCUACCGGCAACCGUACCCUCAUGAGGAUCCUUUACUACCCGCCCGUGCCCUCACAUCGUCCUGAGGGCACCAUGCGAUGCGGCGCCCACACAGACUACGGCACCAUCACCCUCCUCCUGCAGGACGGCCUCGGCGGCCUCGAGGUAAAAACCCGGAGCGGGGCUUGGGUGCCAGCGCCCCCACUCGAGGGCGCCGUGCUGGUGAACGUAGCCGACCUACUCCAACGGUGGACCAACAAUCAACUCAUCGCCACGGAGCACCGCGUGAUGGUGCCGGCGACUGAGCACCUGCAGAAGCUGCCGCGUCGCUCCAUCGCCUACUUCGUCUAUCCCGACGAUGACGUCAUGGUCGAGCCUCUUGACGGCAAAGGCGGCCUGCCGCCCGUCAAUGCGGUGGACUGGCUCAAGAAGAGACACAAGGAAACAUACCAGUACUAAAAAUUCUUUCCGAAUAGGCGGGAAAACGAAAAACUAAUUCGAAUAAUCUAAGACUCAUUUGAGAAAUUUUCUAUGAAAAUAAAAGAAAAGCAAUUUAGACGACAUUUCUUUACACUUGUCGACAGUGAGACGAUGUACUAGACGACAAUGCGAGUCCCUAAAAAUAUAUCAUUAUAUGGAUUGUUUACCUCAAUUCGGGGAAAUACCGAGGAUUGCAUGCAAUUUAUGUCUACGCGGAAAUUUAUACGGUAUUUAACGGAGAAAUUACCGAUAAAAAAGGGAUUCUUGGAUAUGUUGUCAUCAAAAUAUUUAAUUGAAUGUGGGCCUAGAUAUAUUGGACACAUGACCAAAAUGAUAACUACGUCACCUUGUAAGAUCCAUACAGAAAUUAAAGCCCAAAAAAAUGUGUUCUUUAAUGUUUGAUUUUGCAAGUUGAUAAUUAUUCAAAUAUGUUCUCUGCACUAACUGGAUUAGCUAGUACGAAGAUAUUCACAACCGCUGCAUCAAUAAUGUCUCUUUUUAAUAAACAUUUU